AACGGCAAUAGCGGCUCUGAUCCCAGAACGCAGAGCAAUGCGGUGGCGGUGCGCAGUAUCGAGGGGUGGAUCAUCAUCGUCACCAAUAUCCAUGAGGAGGCGUCGGAGGAGGACGUCACGGAUUUGUUUGCGGAUUAUGGGGAGAUUAAGAACUUUAAUCUCAAUUUGGAUCGGAGGACGGGUUAUGUUAAGGGAUACGCCUUGAUCGAAUACUCCACCCUCCCCGAAGCCACGGAAGCCAUCAAAGCCCUGAACGGAACCAAAUUGCUGGACCAGACGAUCCACGUCGACUACGCGUUCGUGCGCCCGCCUCCCUCGAACAACAAAGGAAAGGGUGGCGGGCAGCGGGGUGGCCGUGGCGGUGGUGGACGAGGCCGCAGCAAGAGCCGCGACAGGAGUCGCAGCCCCGGCGCCGAUGAAGCCAGGGAGUAA